AUGUCCGAACGCAAACGUGCAAGAGAACCAAGUCCCGCGUCACAAAUACGUUUCAAUACCGAACAACCUUCAAGUCCCCCCACGGAAACUCUAACUCUAUUGAGCCCUCCAGGCCUUAGGUCGGACGUGGACCUCGACAAUGAAGAAAAUUUAAUUGACGAUGAGGUCCUUGACGUUCCGAUUUCUGAUUCUGAAGGAGAAAACUUAUUCGAUUCCGAUCUUAUGGAAAG